AUGGGGGAAAUUGGGCUUUUGUCUCGCAGUGCCAUGGCAGAGCCGCGUGAUGAAAUGAGUGGCUUCUCUCAGGAACUUGCCAUGGGCCGCAUGGUACGCGCUACCAUGGUCAUCUCAGGAAAAGAUCCAACACGAGCAACGAAAGAUGCACCUAAAGGAUUAAUAUCUAUGCUGGAUCAAACAAGCGUGUUGACCAAGGAGUUCUCUGUCCACUACGUGGAUUGUUUCAUUGAAAGAGUUGAACCACAAUUCCUACAUCUCAGUCCGGAAGGAGUAAGAGAAGAUGUUGAGGAGCAUUUCAAAUGCGAAAACAAUGCCAGUGAACUUGCCAGUGAAGGUGCGCGGAUGAGAAAGUUUAAUACCUUCAUGACGAUCGCUACCGGAAUGCUUCUCUCUACCGAUUCAGUCAGUCUACAUGGAUUUUCAAGCAAUAUUCACGCGGCAGCAACGAAAGUCUUUGCGGAGAUUCUCGAGUCCGGAACCAGCGUGAACAUCCUCCACUGCAUGUUAUCUCUGAUUAUUUACUCUAUGCAGAGUUCACUAGGUGGCUCUACCUGGCAUCUUCUUGGCCUGGCGAUGCAAAAAGCGAUUGCGUUUGGGUUUCACAAAGACCCAAGUCAUGAGAUCGGACUUUCUACAGUGCAAAUAAAGGACCGGCGAGAUAUCUUCUGGGGUCUAUACACCGUUGAUCGGUAUACUAUACCAUCGCCUUUGUUAGAACUCGACUGGCUAACUGCAGCACAGAACAAUAAGUACUAUUAUGGAUCGGCCGUUUAA